CAAAGAUCGUUCAGCCCUGCUGCCUCGAGUGCCCCCGCCACUUCAACAAAACAAGAACCUGAUGACUGCACAAGAGGACCGAACCGAUUCCUGAUCACAACGAAGAAAAGACCCACGCUCUUCUUCUGUUUUCUCACCCUUCACGAUCGAGUACGCCGAUUCCGCCUAGAAACGGCAGUUCCUACCGUCGCUGCAACUCGAGAGAGAGAGAGGAUCCUUACCACCGAUUCCGACAAGAAGCAAUCUCCUCCGAUUCACGGCACCUGACGCCCUCUCAGCUCUGCACCCCGCUUGACUCGGCUUCGAAUCACCACAACCGGUCACAAUGACAGACAGUCUCGUUGACAAGCUCAAAGCCUCCACUUUGAAUGAUGGCUCGGGCUCAGACGACUGGAAGAAGAAUCUCAGGAUCCCGGCCAAGGAUACAAGGCAACAGACCGAGGAUGUGACCAACACCAAGGGCCUGGACUUCGAAGACUUCGGGCUCAAGCGGGAUCUGCUCAUGGGCAUCUUCGAGGCCGGUUUCGAAAAGCCCUCGCCGAUUCAAGAAGAGAGCAUACCGGUAGCUCUCACCGGCCGCGACAUCCUUGCUCGCGCCAAGAACGGCACCGGCAAGACUGCCGCGUUCGUCAUCCCUGCGCUCGAGAAGAUCAACCCCAAGGUUUCCAAGAUCCAGUGUCUCAUCCUCGUCCCCACCCGCGAGUUGGCGAUGCAGACCUCCCAGGUCUGCAAGACCCUCGGAAAAAACCUAGGCAUCAACGUCAUGGUCACCACUGGUGGCACUGGCCUUCGCGAUGACAUUGUCCGGCUUCAGGAUCCCGUCCAUAUUGUGGUCGGGACCCCGGGCAGAAUCCUCGAUUUGGCUAGCAAGCAGGUGGCCGAUCUUAGCGAAUGCCCCAUGUUCAUCAUGGAUGAAGCGGACAAGCUCCUGUCCGUCGAGUUCACCCCUGUCAUCGAGCAGCUGCUGCAGUUCCAUCCCAAGGACCGCCAGGUCAUGCUGUUCUCUGCCACUUUCCCUCUCUCGGUCAAGGACUUCUCGGACAAGAACAUGGUCAGCCCCUACGAGAUCAACCUCAUGGACGAGCUCACGCUACGCGGCAUCACGCAGUACUAUGCCUACGUCGAAGAGAAGCAGAAGGUCCACUGUCUCAACACGCUCUUCUCCAAGCUGCAGAUCAAUCAGUCCAUCAUCUUCUGCAACUCAACCAACCGCGUCGAGCUUCUCGCCAAGAAGAUCACCGAGCUCGGCUAUUCGUGCUUCUACAGCCACGCCAAGAUGGCUCAGCAAGCGCGCAAUCGCGUUUUCCACGACUUCCGCAACGGUGCUUGCCGCAACCUGGUGUGCUCCGAUCUCCUGACCCGUGGUAUCGACAUCCAGGCUGUGAACGUCGUCAUCAACUUUGACUUCCCCAAGAACGCCGAAACCUACCUUCACCGGAUUGGUCGUUCCGGCCGGUACGGCCAUCUCGGUUUGGCUAUCAACCUGAUCAAUUGGGAUGAUCGGUUCAAUCUCUACAACAUCGAGCGCGACCUGGGCACCGAGAUUCAGCCCAUCCCUCAGACCAUCGACCGGAGUCUCUAUGUGUACGAGAACCCCGAGAGCAUUCCUCGUCCCAUCUCGAACUUCAAGCCUGCUGCAAUCCAGCAGCCGCAGCCGCAGCCGCAGCAGCAGCAGCAGCAGCAGCAGCAACAGCAGCAGCAGCAGGGGCAACCGCAAAACCCACCGGCACAGUCUCAAUCCCAAGCUUCGCAGCCUCGCCUUGCACCUCCUGCCCAGGGUGAUUGGCAAGGCCAGAGCAGUCGUCAGAAUGGCUCGGGUCCCUCCGGCCCGCAAGGUCGCGGAGGCUAUCAAGGCAACCGCGGGCCGUCCGGUGGACAUCGUGGUGGCCGCGGUCGCGGCUACCAGGGCCAGGGAGGGCGCCAGAGCUACGGUGGUCAACGUGGCGGCCGCCCGCAAGGGCAGGCCCAACCAGUCCCAGCUCUUCAGCAACAAUAACUUCCUCCUCCGCAUCUUCUACCGGCGUUCGGCGGGUUAAUGCUAUGAGUAUGAGGUCAUGUUUCCCGGCGCAUAUUCGGCUUGUACAUAUUGGGUUUCUCUUUUCUGCGCACCAUCCCUCCCUGGCGACCCUUUCUCCCGACACAAGGCUCAGCCCCGGCCUCUCCAGUCUCUUCGGCUCCGACUAAACGCGCGAAUUCCUGGGACCGUUUCCCACGUCACGGAAAGAUUUUCUAUCUGGCGAUUCAGCGAUCGGCGAUGAUAUCCAAUUCUUGGAAGUCAUGGCACACCUCAGCGAUGUCGUCGGUUGUAUCACACAUAAUAUUCCACGGUGCUCCU